AUGGUGCUGUCGGCUGCUGAUAUGGAGCGGCAGCAGGAAGGCAGCACAGCGGUACGAAUGAAGGAUGACGACGAGAAUAUGCUGCUGGAGACUGAGUUGUCAGAGCUGCCGCAGACCACAAAACGAGAACAGCUCUCUGAUGCUGAUAUUGCGGAGUCAAAAAAGCGAUGCACCGCCCUUACUGUGCAUCUCCAAAGCGACCGCCCUACAAUUGGAGGCCACUGUGUUACUACCAGUACCGAAUGUACUUCGAACCCUGACACCAUCGAAGCUGUUGCUGUGACUGCUACAAGUUCUUUUCCUGCAUACGCACACGCGUGCAGUCGCACGCGAAGAGAGCUGCUGCUGUACCACUACUUUUUCUGGCGAAGCAACUUCUAUCCGGGCAGCGCCAACCAUGAUGGUAAUACGACGUUGUACGACUAUCGGUCCCUUUUGUGCCUGGAAAAGGGCGAACCUCUGCGCAAGGAGGUAGUGCGCCACCUCAGGCGACUGCGAGGACGAAUGCCGUCGGCCGAGCAAAUUCUGGAGAAGCAGGAAACUACGGUCCCGCGGGGCGCUGCGGAGGGUACGCGCACUGCAAGUGAGCGAAACGAGGAGCAGAGGCGUGACGAAAAUAGCGGAAAAGGCGACCUCGAAGAGACCAUGGCUGAGCAAUCUGAAGUUAAGGAAUACCGAGGUGGCACUCCACAAGUGUAUAGGAAGCGCAUAGCCAACAGUAUGAAAGGACAGCAAGCUGCAGACGGCAGCGAGGUGUCGUACGUGGCGGACAUGGCCACCAAGUACAGCGCGGCAGCCGCGGAGAGGAAGCUGAAAUUAAUAUUUUUCUGCGGUGCCGGCUCAUUGCCAAGUGACCUGACAGUUCUCAUGACGCAGCGCGAGGCCCUGCGGAUGCGGGGGAUUCCCUGUCACAAGAUUAGGACAGCGGUGACGGACUGCUUUGGGGGCUUUUCAGGCGGCUCCGUGAUGGGACUCGGACGCAUAUUCGAAGAAGGUGCUGUCUUUGACCCGUUCUUUCUGGUCAAGUACGCCAGCCCUAAUCCCCCAUCUGAAGAGGAGCUCCUCCCGUACACCAGGCCGCAGAUAUUUCUGGCGAAGCACGACGAAGACUUCGGCUACUGCGCCUACAACUUUUUGGCGCCUCUAAAUGAAAACGUUGUUCGCUUCUCAUCCGUUCUACUGGGCCUCUACGAACAACCCGGUCUCCAGCUAGACCUCCCAUCGCCUGCUCAGAAGGCAUCAGGAGCUACUGACAAAGGACGAGUUCGAGCUGCAUCGGUCAAGGGCAGUUCUUCAGCAUUGUGGCGGAAUCCAUCUUUCUUUCGCUACAGCGAGUGUGUAGCGCUUGGAUACGACAUGCUGACCGCGUCGGUUGUUUCUCUCGUCACUUUUGUCCUCAUGUUCCUCGUCACGUCCUCAAUCUGCCGCGCAGCACUUACAGCCUUGCACAUCUUUCCGCGCCCAGGCGAGGGUCCACCGCGACAAUUUCUUGACAAAGGACACUUUCAAAUAAAAACUGUGGGCAGGGUGUAUCCAACGGAUGAGAACAGGACGGCCGUGUGCUGCGUACCUACAGAUGACGAAGAGGAGGCUGAGAAUGCACGUGAGCGUCGGUAUUAUGGACCGCCCCACUGCCAUGACCGGGAGACGGUUAUAACUGUUACCAUGGGGUCUGCAUCUGGAGACCCUGGAUACAAAGAGACUGGGAAAAUGCUUGUCGAGACAGGAUUAGCCAUAGCUUUGCACGUAGAUGACUGCUUCGAUUUGUGUGGCGUUUGCACCCCUGCAUCAGGAGUCGGCCUUGUACUAGUCGACCGCCUACGAAAAGCAGGGAUGAAGUUUGAGGUGAAGGUGAAACAGUUUUGA